AUGGCCGCUGAUAUCCUGCGCUUCGAGUGCGUGCAGAUCCAAUGUCCAACCCACUGCAACUACCUCGGCAUGUGCCCAGGUGACUCUGAUGCGAAAGUGUACGGUGCGGAAGUUUGCUCUUAUUGGGAGAAUUUCAAGGUAAUUGCCCACGAUAAUGGAUAUGUGUCUUUCCAAUCGGUUGCUCAUGGCAACUACCUCUGCGUGUGCCCAGGUGAUUCUGGUGCGAAAGUGGUCGGUACCAAGAAUUGUUUGGCCUGGGAGCAUUUUAAGGUAAUCGACCAAGGAGAUGGAUAUGUUUCGCUCCAAUCGGCUGCUCAUGGCAACUACCUAUGCAUGUACCCAGGUGAGGAUGCGAAAGUGGUCGGCACCAAAAACUGUUCGGCCUGGGAACGUUUCAAGGUCACAGGCAAGAAGCGGGAAAUUGAUGUCCGUUCUGAACGCUGGUAUUCCCAUUACCGACAUUCUGUCUUCGCCACCAUUGCUAACGCGAAGGUUUUGGGAUGUGAUAGGACUAGGCUUGUGCAAGUCAAGCCUCCUUUAGAGUGUCCUCGGACCAAUUUGGAGGUGCCGGCGCUGAUGGUUGACAUAUAUGAUGCCUACCGCCAGAAAAGGGCGCCUUUUUUUGAUCAUGCAGGAGUAGAACGGAUCACCUAUGAUAGCAUCACCACCUGCCAAGUAUCGAAGGAUGAGUUGGCAGACAUGCUCGCAGUCUAUUCAGACAAGGGCGAUUGCGCUAUCGUGACAUCUUGCGCGGGGCCUCAUUUCGAGGACGUCGAGGGUAUCGUCGCAACGCACAACCUCACAGCAGGUCGUCGGAAACUGCAGAAGGUUCUCAUCGGCUGGGCUACAGCCGGAGACAUGUACAAGAACCCGAGCAGGGAUUGA